AGUGUGUCGCUAUUUGACGUUUCUUCUUGUUGAACUUCUAAACUGUGUUCUGCUUUGCAACUGUCACUGUCAAACUCAUCACUUAAAGUCCAAGUCUCCUUUUGUUAGUGUUAUUGUCAAUAUGCACAUUGUUAUACGUCAUCCUGAAAACUAAGUGUUCAUCAUCUGACUAGGAAAUCUACUCUCUGUCAACUCCCGAAGGUUUAUUCAUAAAAGUUUGAUUUCAGGGGUUCAAGAAGUCUGCCAUGAGGAACUCCAACUUGCUAAAGUGGGGCCAAAACAACAAACAUUUAGAUAAAUCUCAAAACCGCAACUGGAUUCACCAACCAGAAGUUCUGCAGAAGGGGCACAUUGCUUAUCUAGUCAAGUUUUUGGGCAACACUGAAGUCGACCAGCCAAAAGGAAUCGAAGUUGUGAAGGAAGGAAUUAGAAAACUUAAAUUCAACCAUCAGCUUCGUAAAUCAGAAGGUUCCAAAAUUCCAAAAGUUGAACUAACGAUUAGUAUAGAUGGUGUUGCGAUACAGGAGCCCAAAACCAAACGCAUUCUUCACCAGUACCCUCUUCACCGUAUCUCCUACUGCGCAGAUGACAAGGGCGAAAAGAAGUUCUUCAGCUUCAUUGCAAAAGAGUCAGGCGACAACGAACAGCACUCCUGCUUCGUCUUUGUCAGUAAGAACCUUGCGGAAGAAAUAACACUCACUAUUGGACAGGCUUUCGAUCUGGCUUACAAGAGAUUCCUGGAGACCUCAGGACGAGAUUUGGAAGUUCAAAGAAGACUUAUCAUACUGCAGCAAAACGUCAAGAGAUUGGAAGCUGAAAACACUGUUCUGCGACAGAGACUCAAAGAAUUUGCCAAUGGACAAAUACAGAACGUAGAUGAAUAUUGCAGGUACAACAGUAUAUCGGACAUUACAGAAGUUCGUACAAACAACAACAACAACUCUCUACCGACCUUGGAGUCCAACAACAGCCCUAAUGGAACCACAUCCAACGGCACAUCUUCACAGACCAAUGGAUCAAUGCUAUUGCUAAACCUGAGCACCACAAGUCUCAACAAUGGAUCCAGUACUGUAGCACCUCCUGUACCUCCUAGGUCCUUCGAAGCUAAGCCGUUCCCAGAAAAUGACCUCAUUGGGGAUCUAGACACUGUGCCUACAGUAGGAACUAAACUAGAAGGACUCCUGAUGGAUGAACUUGAAGAAGAUUUCAAUCCCAGAGCUUGUGAAAACAACACAAACAAUGGAACUCCAAGCUUCAUAGUAAACAACAACAACGGAAUCCUACUGCCACCUUCUUCUCCUCCCCCUCUAUUGGCGCCGCCUCCUAAGCCUGUCAACGCCAGACGCAGUGUGCCCAAGCAAGGGCCUCCAGCUGAUGUAUUUGGAUCUUCACCAUUCAUGCCAAACAGCAACUCUGACCCGUUCGGAAUGGGAGACUUUAAUGCAUCUGGGGCAGAGCCAUCCCAAGUUGAGCUUGAAAAUGCCAUCGGACUACUAGACAGAAAAAUACUAGAAAUGAAGGAUGGAUUUAGCCGAGGACUUUCAUUUGGGAAUGAAGACUUUUCUUUGGAGAGUUUAGAUCCCCUGAGGAAGUAGGUCCAACUAUAAACCAGAGAAUCUCUUCAAGUCCACACCUUCAUACAAAUCUCUGCGCAAGAAUUAUAUGAAGGGCAUGAUGACCACUACAUUUACUUGAAGAAAUAAUAAUUUAACAGCAUUAUUUCAUACAUUCCAACUACUUUGUAUUAGUGUGAUUUAACUUAAUAACGUAUGGGUUAAUUUUUUCUGCAAAAGACUACAUGCAUUUAUGUUGAGUUAUAUAUCACAGUGACUCUAUGUGCUUAGUAUUUUUUAGAUAAGACUUAAAUAUUGUAGAUAAAUCCGGCUUGUAGCGAGCAAACUGUUCUAAUAUCUCUAUGAAAGUUUAUAUGAUAUUUCUAUAUGCAGAUAUAACUUCUAACUGUUUGUUUGCUUGCAAUCUAUGACUUAUCGCAUUAUUCUUUUUAUUAUAUCUCCUAAAAUUGUGCUUUGAGUAACUAAGAACUUGGACAACUACUGUGGUAUAAUUUAGAUUUUAAUAUAUUUUGUUAAGGUUUGCUGUUAUGUCCUAUACACAAUAUUACUCACAUUCAAGCAUAAGGCACUUGUGUAAUGCACGUUACACUUUGUCUAAUGUUAACAUUACUCAAAGGUUUUUGAGCUUGAUAAGUAAUGUCAGACUUGUUGAGACUAGUUAAAUAUGUGGGACUGUGUUGUUAUUAUAUCUCGGACAUUCUUUAUUUUCCAAACUUGUUAUGUAGUAUGUUAAGGACUCGGUUAUGUAGAUGAAAUGUUCCCUUUCUACUGAACCGCACAAACAUUGUAUUGUCUGUUACUUGGUUUGUAUAUUGUACAUUGUCUCGAGUUUAGAGUAUAGAGGUGGUCAAAUGGCAUGCAAGGUAUUAACAUCACAUGUCUCAUUCAGCCUUGUAUAAAAUAUACCAGUUGUAUUUAUGUGUAUAAAAGAGUAUUUUGAAUUUUCUAACAUAGAGAAUAUAUUUUUAUACUAGUUCUUAAAGCUUCUAUUGGGAAUACUAGUUAAGUGUAAGUAAUGUGUAAAUAUGAAGAAACAUAGCAAGCUGAGGCUGAUUUUAAUCGGCCACUAAAUCUAUAUUUUAUGAAAACAAGCUUUGUUUUAUUGUUAUAUUAAAUGGUUAUAAUUUUGUUUUAUAUUUAUAUAUAUUGAAAGAUUGUAUUUUAUAUAAGUAUUCUUUUAAAGACAACCAAAUAAUAAUAAUAAUAAUAAUAUACUGCUACUUCAAUGUAGUACAGUAAAUGUCCAUAUCAAUUGUCUAUUAUUCUUGUAAAUUUUGAAUUAAAAAGAUAUAUUUAUAUGUA